AUGGCGAUUGUUUUAUUACGCGUUCGGCCUGUCAUUUUUCAUUCAAAAUGUUUCAACAAAAAAUUUCAUUUGGACUCUGUUGUUAGGUGCCUGUCAGCAACAACACUCAUCAAUAAUGAAGCUAGAUAUUCAAUGGAGCAAAUGUACACAAUUGUAAGCCAGGUAGAGCACUAUCAUGAAUUUGUACCUUGGUGCAAAGAGUCGUUGGUAUCAAGGGGGUCCAGUGAAAAUUCGUUUGACUGUCGCCUAACUGUCGGGUUUCCACCAUUACUAGAAAGGUACAACUCUCGAGUGACCACUAUUAGGCCAUUUGAAGUUAAGGUAGAAUUUCAAUUCAAGCUCAGCUUCCACUCCCAACUGACGCAGUUAUUUUUCGACGAGGUCAUCAAAAAAAUGGUCAGAGCAUUUUUCAAGAGGGCGGAGACACUCUACGGCCCACAGUCGGUUAAAUCAGAAAGGUUAAAGGUCGUACUGCAUGAGGAAAGUUGA